AUGACCGACUCGACUAGCUAUACUGGCAUACCUCUGUCUGGAUCGGACAACUAUACCGCACUAUCCGGCAGUGAGGAGACUUAUUCCAUGCCAACCGGCACUCAAUAUGACACCUCUGGCACCUCCCAACAAGCCGCCCAGCUAGCAAACCAUCAUGGUACUGGAAUCGUACCUCAAAACUACGGUUUUGGUCAGUACAUGCUGACGCCUCAGUCAAAUACAGGCCAGAUGCACCAGGCAGUACAUCAUAACGGCAUGGCGGGAUACGCACCUAUGCAGGAAGGUUAUACGAACUGGAAUCUACCUCCAUCGAACCAGAUAAUUCCACCCGCUCAGAACUUCCUUCCGCCUCUCGGCCAGACCCUCAUCUCAACAACGGAACUUACACGGUUGCAGGACAAUUUCUCGAGCACGAUGGAGAAGGUGAACGUGGCGAUCAAUAGGCUAGAGAAGUUGGAGGCCGAUGUAAUCGCACUGAAGCAGAAGGAUUCGGAAGUUGGUAAGGCUCGGAAGGGGAAAAAGAGUGGAGAGGGCGAUGCAGACGGACCUCGACCUUCGACAGAGGCAGAGAAUUUUGUACAAGCCAAGUUUCAGUCUGCUGUCGGUAUCAGCAACCCUGUGGGCAGAGGUAAGAAGUGGGCCAUACCACCACCUCUUGAAGCGGACGACGCACCACGCAUGAACGCAACGGGUACCACUCGUCUCUGGAAUCCGGACUGGAGACAGUCGUCGACUACGUCGACGAACCAGGAGUUCAUUGAUCAUUUAGUGGAGUUGCUUCUGUCGGAGGAAGAACAUAAGGAUGAGGAUAAGCGUUUACUUUCGAACUUGCCAUCAGGAAAGUGUAAGAAGAUGGUGACCACCUACUUCAACAACACCGCACGGCGUUGGAAGAGUGAGAACUUUGAGGCGAGUGGUGAGAAGGCGAAGGCAAAUGAAGCACGUACUCGUCGUCAACUCCGUAAGAAGCGGGCUGCUACAAAAAUGCGUCAGGGAGCCCAAGUUCUUGCGGAGAAGCUGGGUGAUACCGCGUGUGUUGGCAUUGACGAACUUAUACAUACGGAGUGGAUGGACUCACAGCAUAGUACAUCCGGUGAAGCUAAUGACGAGGAGUGGGAGAAUCGCAGGGUGGCAAUGGGCGGAGGGGCAAAUCAGAAGGGUAUAGAAUUGCGACAAAAGGAAUGGGUCUCGCCUUGGUUACGGAAGCUAUGGGGAUACAUGCUUUCCGUUGCCCGUGAGGCAGAUGAACAAGCAAAAGCUAGACCAGCAAGCAAUCAGGAGCUCAUGAGAUUUCGUGGGCCUUCUGCUAAUAGUAACACAAGUGCACCACCGAUGGCGACGAACCUCAAGCCUUGCCGUAACUGUGUUCGCGACUCCUGGGCAGAAGCUCAUCCCCACCACGUCUUCCCCAGCGCUAACACGACACAUACAGCGAUGCAGAUAGAUGUCGCGAUGGCCGUUCUUGAUCCUCGGUAUGUGGCAUACUAUGAGUGUGAUGCGGAUGAUGAGGGUGAAGUAAUGUAG